AUGCACACCGAAAAUCGACCCACCACAAACAGCAAACCCACCCUCGCGGAUCUGCUCACCCUUGAGCGCUUGAGCCCUCCUUCUACGGCUAUACUCAAGUUGACCUUGUUGGUCCCGACGAAUAAGGCUGUCAUGGCGUUGGCGAAGAAACCGCACCAGGGAAUGGAUGACGUUGAUGAUGGUGUGGAGAUGUUGGAAGGGGAGUUUGAUAGUCGGUUGAAGAGCAAUGUUGAGCAUUGGUUUUCUGUGCACGUCAUUCCUGUACGUUCAACUUGUUUGGUGUAUGGAGACUUACAUAAUGUAGCGUAUCUGUACGACGCGCCUAUAUCUUGGGAUCCGGAGUAUGAGACUGUGCUGCGUGGAAAUUUGAUCUCCUUCACACCGAUAUCGAUGAAUGACGGUAAAGGGCCAGAGUGGAGCCGUGUAACACUGGAAGAAGGCAUCCGGAUUCUGGAUAAACGAGAGAAUUUGUCAAAUAGUCGAUCCGUUUCGCAUCUUCCACUUGUGUUUUCCCGAAAAAUUGAGGCCUUACCUGUACCGAUUGAGCCACAAGCGGUUCUCGACAGUUGCUCGACAGAUUGUCGUCCUCCGUCGCGCACGUACAAUACGACGCGUUACUGGCGACAUUUUCACGCGAAACACUUCCCAAUCGAUAACCAUCUCCUUAAGGUCAACAAUGAGCUUGACAAGGUGGUGUGUCGGCUUGACAUUGCAAUCAUCAAGUCCUCACCGGGAACAAAUGCCAGUCUGGAUUUGGAGAUUGGAUGGUUUCGGCGGCUCGAUAAGGAGGUUCCUAUCAAAGCGCGGUUGGGAAACAAGGAACUCAAGGUUCAAGCACUAAUUCAAGCUGUCGAACGCCAUCUCAUUCGCAUUGCGAAGGCCGCACAACAAUUGGGCUCACCCGAGCUUACACUAGAACAAAAUAAUUACACACACCCCAGGCCAAGUAGUGAUUCUGAUGUUGAUAGCGACGCAGAUAUGGAACUCGCCUACUAA